CACCAUUGGUUGAUCGCGUUUCGCUUUCUCAAUAGUUUCUCUCUCUCAAUAGUAAAUCAUAAUUGUAAGUAGUUUCAGCCUUUAACUUAUGAAUGACACUGUUACGCAAUUUUCAUUUUUUUACAAGUGUGAAUGAGAACAGUGAGAUAGCUGCGAAUCGGCACAUUCGAUGUAAUUUUGAGUGAUUUUAUAACUAACAAUUCGGUCGUGCACGUUCGUACGAACCGUCAGAUGUGAACGAUAAAUACUCGUCUAAACACGAGAAAGUGCGGCAGUUAAUUCGACUGGUCGGUCAAUCAAUGUGAUUUAACCUCAAAAAGCAACAUGAUUACCUCGCAAAUACUCGUACUGCUUACUAGUUUAAUCGGUAUCGGAACAUGUAACAACGCGUACAAUGAUUUCUUUGACGAGGAGUUAAUGUUGAAGCCUCUGUCGAGUAAUCACGUCUAUGCCUACUUUCAAUUUACUACGAUAUGGGAAACGGCGAAUCAUGUAGAAGCACUUCAACACUCACAUCUCUUUCCAAGGGGAUUGGGUGAGAUCAUAGGCCGUCAUAAUGUUGAUGAGCUGCACAUUACUCUAACGGAAGGCUUGUGGAAUUAUCAAAAGUGGGGAUAUCCUUUCCAUGAUGCUGGACCUGGUGCUGAGAUCACUGCUUGGUUUAAUAGAGAUAUAACAAACAUAGAUGAGGAAUGGAAAGGUUUGACGAACGCCUUAGCUGGACUGCUCUGUGCAUCUCUGAAUUUUGUUGACGCCUCCAAUAGCAUGUCGCCAGAGUUUACCUUCCGUCCCACUGGUGUUACAGAUGGUCCAGUGAAUUCUAGUCACUUGCGUUAUUCAUCGUUACCAAGGGAGAUAGUUUGCACUGAGAAUCUGACACCAUUUAAAAAAUUAUUACCUUGCGAUUCCAAAAGAGGUCUAGCUACAUUGUUGAAUUCCGCGCAUAUUCACAAUACAAAUUAUCACUCUAUCGGGAUACAUUUUCGGUCGAUAUGUCGUGAUGCAGCUUGCACGAGAACAUCUUUAGAAUUGCGGCAGACCGUUUCCUUGAUAUACGAUACAAUGGCAGAUGCGAAUCAAGACUGGUCAAUACGAAAAUUUUUUGGAAUGGGGCUUAAAGGCACAUGUCCUCUGGCGACAUUAAGUAAUAUUUAUGUUGAUAUAUCGGGUAACAAUACGAAUCACAUAUAUGAAUUAACCCCGCCACCAAGUGCAAAAGUUGUUAGCUUGCGUGGUGGACAGCAAAAUGAAAUAGCGGUGUAUGAUAUCAGGGCACAUUCGAGCAGAGGAAUAUUUAAUAUUGCUGCUGUACAUAGUGCACCAAAGAGUAACCCUAUAAAUUAUCCUUCAAUUCUCUAUGCGAAUAGAUAUAUUAUCGGAUAUGGCCAAGAAAGAGGCAGUUUAGUGACUAAACUAUAUAACAAUCACUGGCAGGCAUUAGAUGUAAUCUUACUGGAAAAUAUUCCGUGGUACUUACUGGUUUACUUACAUUCCAUUACAAUAACUUGUAAUGGGCAAGUUCAUCCAUUGGCGCAACGUUAUUUACCUGGAAGGGAGAGGAAAAGCCCGUACUAUUUAGAAUUAAUUCUGCGCCUGCCACCACACUCGGUAACGAAAAUUACUAUUGAUAUGGAUUAUCUAUUUCUCAAAUGGCAGGAGUAUCCACCGGAUGCUAAUCAUGGUUUUUACAUGGGACCCGCUAUAGUUACGGCCUUAUUGCCCAUAGCUAGAAAUUACACCGCUUUGCCGCUUGACGGAAGUACAAUUACUUCGAGUUUCAACGCUUCGAGGGACGACUAUCUAGUACAAUUGCGGACAGAGUCUUUGCUCAUCAGUCUUCCGACUCCCGACUUCAGUAUGCCUUAUAACGUUAUAUGUCUUGCCUGUACAGCUGUCGCGCUAGCAUUUGGCCCACUUCAUAACAUUUCCACAAAGCGAUUAGUUUUAAAACGCAUCGAAAAGGACUGGAAAGGUAAAUUGUUCUCCUUUUUAGAGAAGAUAUUCGGAAAAAAGAAACAAGAAUAAAGACUGCAAGCGAACGUAUUAUGUAUUAUAAACGCGUAACUGUAUCUUUCUUUCGCGAAUAUAUUCGCGUAUUUUCUAUGGAUAAUAAAUAAUUUGUAAUGAUAAA